CUCAGUAUCGUGGGUUACGAAAAAACAUCACAACAAAUCGUACGUCACAACGCGAGUAAUACGGUCUCAAGUGUCAGGAUACAAACAUUAGUCCUUCCGUCCGAAAAUAAUGGGACUGCUCUCUAUUCUUCGUAAAUUACGAUCUAAUCCGGACCGGGAGCUGCGGCUUCUGCUUCUGGGGCUGGAUAAUGCCGGAAAAACGACGAUUUUGAAGUCACUGGCUAGUGAAGAUAUAACUCAGGUCACCCCAACGCAAGGGUUCAAUAUCAAAAGUGUUCAGAGUGAAGGUUUUAAACUCAACGUCUGGGACAUCGGAGGCGCUAAAAAAAUUCGUCCCUAUUGGAGAAAUUACUUCGAGAACACUGAUGUACUUAUUUACGUGGUCGACAGUGCAGACUUGAAAAGACUCGAAGAGACCGGACAAGAGUUAUCCGAACUUUUACUAGAGGAGAAAUUACGUGGAGUUCCAUUACUAGUCUACGCUAACAAACAGGAUCUUGGGAAUGCGGUAACAGCUGCGGAAAUAGCAGAAGGUCUAGGGCUUCACAAUAUAAAGGAUCGAGACUGGCAGAUCCAAGCGUGCAUUGCGACAGAGGGAAAGGGCGUAAAGGAGGGACUCGAAUGGGCCUGCAAGAACAUUAAAAAAAAGUAAUACAAUCGAUACGCAGAGCUGAUUUCAACUAAGGAUUGAGAUAACGGAUAUAGAACAUCUGGAUAAUUUUGUACAUUUUACACGAUACUCCAUUUCGAAUUCUAUCUAAUAUUUACAAGACAAUUAUGAAAUAAUGUAAAUAUAUUGGGGAUGAAUCAGUAAUGCCUCUUAAUAAUGACAUAAACCACAUCGUACUGAAUCAUUAUUGCACCAAAAUUGAGACAUUUGACGAAUAUCACUCAAAAGCCCAACUCAGAAAUCAAUCGACUCGUCUCAUUUUACUACUUCGCUGCUGAGAUGAUGGACCAGCGGUGAAUAUUCUGAGCCAAAAUGUGACAUGAAGUGUAAUAUUUUCACCCAUUAAAUUACCAACAAAUCAUCAAACAUUCUCCAAUUAUUUAUCAGCACUGAUACUGAUUUUUUUCUUAAUAUCUAACAUACGGAUGUACACAAUAUGGUUGACAUCGUUUUCAAACCAUCCGGACACCUUUGCCAAAAUUACUGCGGUUCAAUUUGAGAGUUUCUGGUGGAUUUUCACAACUUCUGGCCUUUAUAACUCGUUGUGAAUGGCUUCCGUUGUCACACGAAUCUCCUCUUCGUGGAAAUCAUUGCAGUCAACGGGGAAUUUCUC